AUGAAGGGAAUACCGGAGAGGACGCAGGAGAAGGAAAGUCCAUUACUCCAGACGUCUCCGAGGACACCUACCAGCAGCAACAGCAGUACCAGCACCAGCAACAGCACCAGCAAUGGAGGUGUCGGAGGAGCGGCGGCGUCGGCGCUGCCAGGGCUUCCCUUGUCGUCGAAGGCGAUCCCACGAAGCGACGUCAAUCCCUACCCGACCACCUUCGUCCAGGCGGACUCGUCCUCCUUCAAACAGGUCGUCCAGAUGCUCACCGGCUCCACGGAGACCACAUCUCGGCACCACCAGAUCGCCGCCGCCCCCGCACCUUCCUCGACGCCGGAGGUCCCUUUACCAAGGAACCCGAUCCCUCCCCCGGCCAAGACCGGCCCCAAAAGGCCCUCUUUCAAGCUCUACGAGCGCCGCCACAGCAGCUUCAAGAACCUCAAGGCCAUCGGCCCCCUGCUAAUGCCCGGCGGCUCUCUCAACGGCGUCGGCACCAGCGGCUCCGCCGGCGUCUCCCCGAGGACCCAGCAACCGGAGAUCCUCUCCCCGAGCAUACUUGAUUUUCCGGCCCUAGCCCUGAGCAGCCCCGUGACACCGUUGAUCCCCGAUCCCUUCAACAGGGCCCCCCACCCCAAUUCCUCCGCUGGGGUGUCGGCAGAAGAGAGGGCGAUCGCAGAGAAAGGGUUCUAUCUGCACCCAUCGCCGAGGGCGACCACACCUGGGGACGCAGCGGCACCCAGGCUUCUUCCCCUUUUCCCCGUUGACCCCCCCCGCGUCUCCUCCGGCGGCCCUUCUACCGCUACCUCCUCUUGA